CAAGCGUCCCCUCGGUGGUUUUCCUCCUCUCUUGUGGGACCCGGCGUGGAGAAAAGAGGGCGCUCGGGGGGAGCUUGAGGGAGAAGGCGAGGAGCGGGCGCCGUUGCUUGGACGCGAGCGACGGAAGGGCCCGAGGAGGCGGCGGAGUGGCAGCCGCUGCAGGUGGCAGUGUAGACGUCGGAGCUUCCCUUUGCUUGACACCAAGGGCUAAGGAGGCGGCGCUGUUCGAGCAUGAAGCUGUCUGGCAGCGGCAACAUUGGUAGCGGUCGCCGCCGCCGAUCGCUCGAAACGCGGUAGUGGCCGGGGCCGUGGAUAAGGCGGUGGCGGCGGCGGCGGCGGCGGCGGCGUCUGGGCGUUCUCCUUGUCCUGCCGCGGAAAGUCCCCCAGACCUUUUGAUGAUGACGAUGAAUUCUCUGGCCGAGAGCCUGCUGGGACCGCCGGACCCGUCUAAAGCGGCUUUUCUGGACUUCGGGCUGGGUCCCCCGCCUUCUCCGCACCAGCAACCCCAGCCCUCGCAGCCGCAGCAACACCCGACCACCUUGGCUCCUCCAUAUUCGCUCCAAGCCUUGCAUCCGCUGCCGCCGCCGCCGCAGCAGCAGCAGCCCCCGCACGACGGCGGUGUCUUUCCUCCUCCCGCCGCCUCCUACGGCAGCAGACCCCUGGCAUAUCCCCCUUACCCCGGGGCAGCCGGUGGCAGCCCUCACGCUUUCUACCAUCACCACCACCACGGCACUUCCUACUCGCCUUACCAGCAGACCUCGAGCGCCUUGGGCCAUGGGACGAGGCUGGAGGAGACGGAACUGGAGAAAUCAACCAUCAUAGAGAAUGGAGAAAUCCGCAUCAAUGGAAAAGGGAAGAAAAUCCGGAAACCACGUACCAUUUAUUCUAGCCUUCAGCUCCAGGCCCUCAACCAACGCUUCCAACAAACCCAAUAUUUGGCAUUACCUGAACGGGCAGAAUUAGCAGCACAGCUGGGCUUGACCCAAACACAGGUCAAGAUUUGGUUCCAGAAUAAACGUUCCAAAUUCAAAAAGAUUAUGAAGCAGGGCUCCAGCAUCCAAGAAGAUAAUUUACAUAGCUCUUCAUCUUUGUCCCCAUGUUCUCCCAACAUACCUCCACUUUGGGACAUCCCCAUGGCAUGCAAAGGACCUCCUCUGCCUUCUAACACCUACAUCAACAGCUUUGGACCUUGGUACCAACAGCCACAACACCAAGAUGCCAUGGGAAGGCCUCCAGUGAUAUGACAAAGACAGAAAUUGGAAUGUCAGAACAUCUCAUGUGCCUUUUUCUGUAAAUCUCUGACCGGCAUUCCUGGUAGAGGGAAGGGGGGCAAGGGUAGAGGAAAUGGCUUCUUUGAAGGAAUUUCCAGUCCUUUUCCCUUGACAAGAAGCCCUCUAGCUGGAGAUGAUUGCCCAUAUAUAUUCCCUUCUCUGAUCCAGAACCAUGUCUAACAAUGGUGACAGAACAUGUGAAGCAGAGAUUGGGAAAGGGCCCCAGACCCCCUUGAUUGCAAGUCAGGAGCCCCUGAGGAGAACCUCUUCAGUGGAAAUUUAUGAAAACAGUGCUUGUGUUAUGGUUCCAAAGAUAAGCUCAUGAGUAACAUGGCCUUACACAGCAUACUGUAUAGUUGUAUUAGGAAUAUGUUUGUUGCCAUGAGUUGUUGCUUCUGGCAAGAUUUCUGUGCCUUAAACAGUUUCAAUGACUGAUAUCAAUGAAAUUGGUGUAAGUUUUUUUUCCCCUGCUGUAGAGCUUCAGGAAGGGGUGAAAAGAUUUCAUUUUUGUACCUGUGUCCAGCAUGCAGCUAGAUAAAGGCAUUGAAGCAUUUAUUCUAUUUUUAUGGCAAUCUUAGUUUAGCUGAACAGAAUUCUAUUUCAGAAAGGUAUUAGAAAAAUGGACUGCUGAAUCGGGUAGAAAUUAAAAAAUGAAAGUCUAUGCAAGGGGCAAGGAGUCUUGAGUUUUUCGGUGUCUCCUGGACUCCAUCUCCUAUCAGCAUGUCUGAUGAUCAAAGAGGAUGGGUUUUGAAGUCCAACAGUUUAUGGUACAGUUCUAUACCCUUUCGAACAGUGGUACAACAUUAUGAUUUGGGGAGUAAAAUGCUGGUUGCUCUAGAGAUUUCUUCUCUGUCUCCCUCCUCAUGAGAUUAAAUUGGCAAGUACAGUAUAGCAACCUUGGCUCUUUUAUGAUUCAUGGACUUCAACUCCCAAAAUUCCUGAGCCAGCCAUGCUGAGGGAAUAAGAGGUUUCCAAGCUGAGCCAUGCUGGCUCAGGAAUUCUGGGAGUUGAAGUCCACAUAAAAGAGCCAAGGUUGCCUACCCCUGGUAUAGCCCAUCAAAAUGUGUUCAAUAUUUUCUCACCUACAAAAUAAAUUAUACUUGUAGGUAGUGAAUGACUAUAAGUAGCUCCCAACUAGCAAACAUCAAUAAGUAGGUUUUGAAAAUGAUCAAACACCACAAUGCCAAUUUCUUAAAGAUUAUGUUUAAGAAACCCAGAAUUGUUUUUACAGUUGACAAAAAGUUUGUGGAAUGUAAUCCCCAUAGUCGCCUGAUUUAAGUUUUGAAAAAAAAAAAUCAUAUUUGUUUCAACAACUGUAUGAAGUCUUCCCCAUUUGAAUAACUUUACCUGAAUAAGUUUAAUUUUAAGUACCCUUCAGCAUGCUUUGCCAAGCAGAAUGACAAAUGUUUUAUUUAUUGAAACAAAACUUUUGGUAUAUUGUAUUGUUUUCUCUUUAUAAACAGAAUGUAAAACUAUAAAUAUUUUCCUUUUUUUUUGUACACAUGAAUUUGUUAUGCCUUUUCCUUAUUUGGCUUGCAAAGUGUGAAGCUUAGAUUAAACUAGAGUUGGUGAUAAGAUAAA